AUGGAGACGCCGCUGCUCAAGAGCGGCGCCGAAAGGGGAUACGGCGGCGAAGGCGGGGACUACCCGCCUUUGACGACCUGGAGGGAAGUGAGGUCAAUGUUGUGGAGAGAGACAGUGAAGGUGUGGAGAGUUGCUGGGCCUUUGGCUUUCCAAAUACUGUGUCAGUUCGGAACCAACAUGGUGACCACUGUGUUUGUUGGUCAUAUCGGAAACCUUGAGCUCUCUGCUGUCUCCAUUUCCGUCUCUGUCAUUGGAACCUUCUCUUUUGGCUUCAUGCUUGGUAUGGGGAGUGCGCUGGAGACCUUAUGUGGACAAGCUUAUGGUGCUGGACAAGUCCACUUGCUUGGGGUUUACUUGCAGAGAUCAUGGAUAAUUCUAUUAGUAAGCUGUAUCAUCCUCUUGCCAAUAUACAUCUUUGCCACCCCAAUCCUAAAGGCCCUUGGGCAAGAAGACGACAUAGCUGAUCUUGCUGGACAAUUCACUCUCCAAACCAUUCCUCAAUUGUUCUCGCUUGCCAUCAUCUUCCCCACCCAGAAGUUCCUUCAAGCCCAAAGUAAGGUGAAUGUGCAAGCAACUAUCUGUUUUGUGGCUCUAAUCCUGGACAUUGGAAUGCUUGCGGUCUUCAUUUUUGUGUUCGGUUGGGGCACGACUGGUGCAGCCAUAGCUUUUGACAUCUCGAGUUGGGUGACCGCCGUGGCUCAAGUAGUCUAUGCUAUCAGUUGGUGCAAAGAAGGAUGGACAGGAUUAACAUGGUCAGCUUUCAGGGAGAUUUGGGCUUUUGUUCGGCUUUCACUUGCCUCGGCUGUGAUGCUUUGCCUAGAGAUCUGGUAUUUUAUGAUCAUAAUCCUUUUCACCGGCCACCUUCAAAAUGCAGUUAUCGCAGUUGGGUCCCUUUCUAUUUGCAUGACUUUUGGUGGGUUGGAGGUCGUGAUGUUCAUGGGGAUGAAUGCUGCUGUGAGCAUCCGGGUCUCCAAUGAGCUCGGAUAUGGACACCCACGAGCAGCCAAGUACUCUGUCUUUGUCGCAGUCUCUCAGUCCCUCCUUAUUGGGAUUUUCUGCAUGGUGGUGGUGUUGUUAGCUAGAGACUACAUUGCCAUCAUUUUCACUACCAACAAGGAAAUGCAAGAGGCUGUUUCUCACCUAGCUUAUCUUCUUGGCGUCACCAUGCUUCUUAACAGUCUGCAGCCAGUCUUUUCAGGCGUUGCUGUCGGAGGCGGAUGGCAAGCCAUGGUGGCUUACAUCAACUUGGGUUGCUACUACAUUAUUGGAAUCCCUCUAGGCUACCUUCUAGGUUACAAAGCAAAACUGGGGGUGCAGGGACUUUGGGGGGGCAUGAUAUGCGGAACUGCUUUGCAGACAUUGGUACUAUUGUUCAUAGUAUACAGAACCAACUGGAACCGGGAGGUAGAGCAAACAACAGAGAGGAUGCAGAAGUGGGGAGGACAACGGAUUGAAGCCGAUGAUGUAUGAUGUCACUUCUCUUUUGGUUUCCCUGUAUGGAUGAAAGAAAAAAAACCCGUGUCUACUUAUGUGAUUUUGAGGUCUCGUAAGAUCAUUGUCGAGGUCUACAACUUGAGGCUUAUUUUCUAUUUCAAGGUUUCAAACAUCCUUAUGAUCUAAUAGCAUGGGCAUCAAUUUGUAACAGUAAGGAAUCUUUUCUAUUAAUAAACAUGUGCAAUAAGAAAA